AUGGACCUUCACGUGCGUCUCACCUGGCUGCUUCUGCUGAGCACCACUCUCCUGUCUCCACCAGCAAGCGGAGCUUGGUGGAACCAGCCAGAUGGAGACUCAGAUUCAGUAUGGGACAAAUUUUCCAAUUGGAUUAAAGACAAAUUUCAGCCCAAAGUUCCACCACAACCACAGCUGAGACUGGAAUCUGGAGGGGACCGAUGCGCCGGGAGGGUUGAAGUUUAUCAUGAUGGAAAAUGGGGCUCGGUCUGUGAUGAUUAUUUCAGUAUGAACAGUGCCAACGUUGUGUGCAGACAACUUAACUGUGGCCAAGCUGUCUCUGUCCUGGGACUGUCUUACUUUGGCCUCAGUGGAAAAAUUAUCCAGUUGGAUGAUGUGCAGUGUAGAGGAACUGAAUCCCACCUUUGGGACUGCCGGCACGCCGGCUGGGGCAAGCACAACUGUGGACUCAAUGAGGAUGUUGGUGUCAUCUGCUCAGAUGCUAUGCACUCCACAGCUGCACCAACAGGUUCCUCUCCUGCUCCCAGCCCAACCCCAGCACAGACUGAGACAUCUCCUGCUCCAGGGACCGUGGAAACCCUCAAGGAAGAUGUGACUUCUGCAGCUGCUACUGCCACAGAGAAAACUACCACAUCGACUCCUGAAAUCCCAACCACAGCUGAUGAAGGAUCAGACUUGUCACCUGCUGCACUUGUGGAUGCGACAACCUCAGCUAAAGAAAUCCUUUCCACACUGGCUGAAGCUUCAGGAGAUGAUUCUGUCACAGAAGCAGACAAUCUGAGCACUUCUGCCCCAGCCACAAGCAGCCCUGAGCCAUCAACAACUCCAGCACCACAGCCUACAGUGAAGGAAGCUGAGAAAGAGCCAGCAAAAGUUUCUCCUACUGCUGAAGCUGCAGAUGUAACCACUUCAGCAGCCUCUCCUAGUCCUGCACCAGCAGACAUUACCCCUGCCCCUGCAGAAGACACAACACCUGGAGCAGCAGUCACAACCAAGCCCACAACAGCUGAAAACCCAGUGACAAGCUCACCUGCUCCAACUCCUGAAACAACAGCCAUUGACAGUAAAACCCAUCCAAAGACAGAUGCAGCAACUACAGGCUCAGCAGAUGUUGUUCCCCUGCCUCCAUCCGUGAGGCUGAUGCUGCUGUCAUACCUAAAUAGAGUGUGCCAGCCAAGGAGACCUGGGAUGCCAAGAGUAACACUGGAAGGGUGUGUGAAGGACCCAAGCUGUGGGAAUCACCUUUCACCAAGCCAGAGGCUUGUCCAGUUCCAUUACAGAGCUCCUGUACACCCCAGAGUUUGCCUACGGUGCAAAGCAUCAGGGUGCAACGCACAACCUUCUGCUUUCCAACCCUUCCCAAGGGACAGGCCCCCUCUUCCUCCUCCCCGACCUUUCCCAAGGGACAGGCCUUUCUAUCCUCCCCAGCGCUUCCCAGGGAACAGAGGCCCUCAUUUCCCUGGCUACCCAGGCCCUAGGAGAGCCAGGAGAAGUGCAAGUGACAGAGUUAUUAUCAUUAUCUCAUAGGAACGAUGCCUCUGACCAUGACGUCAUGUUGACUGCCUCUAGACCCGUUCAUUGUGUUCCAAGAUCUGCUGCUGACUUCUAAAAAUAUACUAGUGGGUGUAAAUCUAAAGGUACUUAAUCUUAGCUGAACUUGGGUUCUUUCAUUUCAGACCUUUCAGAUCUAUUCAGCAGAUUUGUAAAAGCCUAAAUUUCAGUAAAUACUCUCAGU